AUGGCAUCGAUUAUUACCGUUUGUCAUUCUUUCAUCCGUGAGCUAGUAGCGUUUGACGGUCUCGACUACCCGUCGAUUAUUGGCGUUUGCCGAUCUCGACUACGCGUCAGUUAUUGGCGUAUGGCGCUCUUUUACCCGCCGGUUAUUCGCGUUUGCCGAUCUCGACUACCUGUCGAUCAUUGGCGUUUGUCGAUCUCGACUACCCGUUGGUUAUUGGAGUUUGCCGCUCUUUUUCCCGUCGGUUAUUCGCGUUUCCAGAUAUCGACUACCCGCCGGUUAUUGGUGUUUACCGAUCUCGACUACCCGUUGGUUAUUGGAGUUUGCCGCUCUUUUUCCCGUCGGUUAUUGGCGUUUCCAGAUAUCGACUACCCGCCGGUUAUUGGUGUUUACCGAUCUCGACUACCCGUUGGUUAUUGGAGUUUGCCGCUCUUUUUUCCCGUCGGUUAUUGGCGUUUACCGAUCUCGACUACCCGUCGGUAUUUAUUGGACACGUUAGAUUCUCCCCACACCCAUCACUUCUCUCUCUCUCUCUCUCUCUCUCUCUCUCUCUCUCUCUCUCUCUUCUUUUAUGGUCUUUUCUUUAUUUCUCCCUUUCUUUUUACUUUUGCUCUUUUUUGUCUUUUUCUUUCUUCUCUCUUUUUUCUUUUUCUUUUUUCCUCUCUCUUUUACCUUUUUAUCUGCUUCGAAUUCUAA